AUGAGACCCGUGGCGUAUGCUUCGCGAACACUCUCAAACGUCGAACAACGAUACUCGACUAUCGACAGAGAAGCAUUGGGAAUCGUGUAUGCCGUCACGAAAUUCCACCAAUAUCUUUAUGGUAGAAAGUUCAUCCUGUUAACUGACCAUAAACCCCUGGAAAGGAUUUUCAGCCAAGAUCGAGAAACACCCAAAAUCGCUAGCAACCGGCUCCUUAGAUGGGCCAUGAUCUUAAACAGCUAUGAAUAUUCUAUCCAUUACCAGGCAGCACGAGAGAACACCCCCGCCGACGCACUAUCAAGACUACCGAUCGCAUGCAACGACACAACACUGGAAGAAAGAACCGGGCUACCGCAAUUCGCCCACUUACUACAUCUUAGACUCGAAAACAUUCCCGUAACAAAACACGAGCUACAAAAACAACCACUCAAAGACAACACGCUCAACAUCAUCAAAAAUUAUAUCAUAACGCAUUGGCCAGAUAAGAAAGACCUUUCCAACGAGCUACACACGUUUUAUGAAAAAAGGGACCAGAUAUCAUACGAAGACGGAAUCUUACUUUGGAACGGGAGACUCGUCAUACCAGAAACACUCCGACCCCAGAUCCUGGAAAUGCUACACGACGCCCAUAACGGCAUCACAGCUAUGCAGUCACUGGCACGUCUUCACGUAUAUUGGCCAAACAUCGACAAAGACAUAUUAACUUUCUCAAAAAGGUGCAGUCUAUGUCAGCAGUCCAGAAGCAACACGAAUGAAGCACCGGUGUUUCCGUGGGGAAUACCUGUGGAUCCUUGGCACAGGUUACAUGUAGACUACGCGGGGCCAUUCUUAGGUCACAUGUGGUUAAUAGUUAUUGACGCCUAUACGAAGUGGCUAGAGAUUGUGCCAACGAACGUUACAACGACGAGGGCAACAGUGCAGAGAUUAAAGAACAUAUUUGCUACAUUUGGAACACCAAGAUAUAUCGUAGGUGAUAACGGACCGCAAUUCACUUCAGAAGAUUUUAACCAUUUUUGCCAAGUUUCAGGCAUCAGACACAUUAAAACAACACCCUAUCACCCCAAAACGAACGGAUUGGCGGAGCGCGCAGUGCGCACGUUUAAGGAGCGAAUGCUAGCCAGUGACAGAAGCCUUAACCUCCAGGAACGCCUUAACAGCUUCCUUCGAGGAUACCGCAAUACCCCAUGA